CCCCCUGGCGACACUCAGCCCCGCCCCUUGGAAACGCGGCACCCAGUCAGUCGCCCAUACCCAGGAGCUGCCGCGGUCCGCCGAGCGGCCCUUCGGUCUGUCUUUUGUUCGCUAGCUCGUUGAGCCGGCGGCGAGUGGCAGCCCCGGCAGCCUGGGCAGGGGUAGGCCAUGAAGCUGACCCGGAAAAUGGUGCUGUCUCGGGCCAAGGCCUCGGAGUUGGACAGCGUGAGGAAGCUAAACUGCUGGGGCAGCCGCCUGACCGACAUCUCCAUCUGUCGGAGCCUGCCCAGCAUUGAAGUGAUCACCCUGAGCGUCAACAGCGUGUCCAGCCUGGAGCCGGUGAGCCACUGCCUGCAGCUGAGCGAGCUCUACCUGCGCCGGAACCACAUCGGCAGCCUGGACGAGCUCUUCUACCUGAAGGAGCUGCCGCGCCUGCGCGUGCUGUGGCUGGCCGAGAACCCCUGCUGCGGCCCCGACCCGCGGCGCUACCGCAUGACCGUGCUGCGCAACCUGCCCGGCCUGCAGAAGCUGGACAACCAGACCGUUACCGAAGAAGAGCUGACUCAGGCCCUGAUCGAGGGCGACGAGAUCACGACGGCCCCGGCCAGCCCGGACGCCCAGAACGGCCACCCCGAGCUCUCCUGCGAGCUGAGCGCCGUCGACUCCUCCGCAGAGCCCGAGAACGACCUGCUCCGAGACAGCAUGGAGGAGACCAACAAAAUCCGGGAGCAGCUGGGCAUGAAGCCCCUUGCCAGGGACCGCUUCUCCUCCUUCUCCCCACGAGCGUCAGUCAGUAGCCGAAAGAAGAGGGUGAGUGGGCCUGGGAGCACCCCCCCGUGUACCCAGUGUGAGGACGGGCCCAUGGGAGCCCCCGGGCUCCCCACUAAUCCGGAGGCCGGACUUCUGGCAGCCCCCCUUGAAGUGAGUGAACAAGCACCCGAGUUCCCAGGCCGACGGGCCCGUCAGCCUCCCUGUCCUCAGCGGGUCCCGCCCGGACCUUGGUUUUCAGCACGUGGAAGGAAGCCCCGGCCCAGGGGCUCUCGUGGGCAGUGCCAGCCUCCACUGGGCUGAGAAGGGGUGGCGGGCCGUGAGGAGCCCCAGGGGCGGGCGAGGGAGGUGGGAUGGCUGUCCUCUGGAGGUGCCACUUUUCCGCACUCCUUCGUGGCCAGGAAGAGUGGCUCCAGGCAUGGUGGCCCAGUGCUCACUCACACACGCCAGGCUGUCUGUCUAGGGUUGGCAUCCCAGGGCCUGGCUUCCAGGCGGGAAGCUGAACAUGGGCCAGCCUAGGGUCGGCUGAGGGCACGGGGGCUGGAGGGCCUCCUUUGGGAGGGGGUGGCAGGAGGCCCAGCAUCACACAGGCCAGGCACAGUGUCUGCCUCUUUAGUUGUUCUCUCAAGAUUUCAUUUUAGUCGUUUUGAUUUUCCCCUUUUACGUGUAAAAACGAUUUUAACAUUAAUGGGGGGGUUUGAGUUCUAGAUUCUCUACUUCCCUUCCCCCCCCCCCCCCCCCCGUCCCAGAGAUGAUAAGCAGCCUGAUUGUCAGCAUUUAUUAAUCGCCAGCUGUGUGUAGACCUGGCCACAGGGGCCCCCCCCCAGGCUCCAGGCUUUCCCCCAACACCGCAAGGGCCCUUCCAGGUGGGGUUUGUCCUCCAUCGGUGGCCAUCAUGACCCAUUCUCAUGGGGCAGAGGAGCCCAUCCCCGAGGGCUCCUGUUAAAGGCAGUAGGUUUUGGGCAGUGGCUCAAGGCAGCUGGACGUGUGAACCCACAGGCGCCUCUGAUUGGGCCCGUUUGGGUCAGGGGCAGCCACUUCCCCCCGUCUGCUCUCAGCUGUAGUCACGGCCUUCGUGUCUCUGAGAAGUGGGUCUGGGCCGUCGCUCGUGGGGGGGUUGGGGGGAAAGAGGGAGGCCCCCCCCCCAGCCCAGACAUCUCCCUUGGGGUCAGUAGCUCAUGGGAGGGCCCUGAGAGGGGCCCGGGCUUCUGCUCUGUGCCCCGUGGGGCCGUGAGGACUUGCUCACGAGUGGGGGGGGAUGGUGCUUCGGGAUCCCAUUCCUGUCUCCGCAGAACAACAUCCUCAACGCCGUCAUCCUGCUUCUGAAGGAACUGGACGUGGAGGGACUAGAAACUGUCCACCAGACCGUGGGCCACCGACUCCAGGCCCUUCGGAAACUGGAGCCACCACAGGAGGAGCACUAGGGCCCCAGCCGGCCGCCGCGUCCACCUGGAGGUCGUCCCGGGACUGUCCCCCCACCCUCACCCCAACCCCAGCCAUGCCGGGAGGGGCCAGGGCGGCACCUUCCCCCUCAGACAGGCCUUCCUGUGCUCAGAAGCCUUUGGCCCAUCCCAUCUGCCAUGUGGCUCCUCGCCUCUCGGGCGGCUGUCGCCCCCGUGCUGACCGACCGGCCAUUUCCGGGGCCUCUUUCCGGAGCCCGCUCUGGUACGUGACUAUUCAGGGCCCGCAUCGACACGGUGACAGGCUGGGGGGGAGCCAUCGCUUUCAAUCCGAGCCUUCCCACUGGUGACAAGGGACUCGUCCGGCCAUGGAGCCUCCAGAGUCAUUUCCCCUCACCCAGCAUUUCUCCACAAUCCAGUCUUCGGGCAGACACUUCCCCAGAGGCAGGAAUUGGUUUGAAAGUGUCCUUCCAUUCAGCGUGGCUGUGCCCAGCCAGGGGCUCUGAGACCCAACCAAGAGAGACCUGCAGGCAGGUCCCUGCCUUGGAGCCAGGUUUCCAGGGAACCGCCUGCUCCAUGGGUUCAGCUGAGCCCCCAUUCCAGUGGCCUCCUUCCUCUUCAGUCAUCUGCACCAGCACGGAGAGCAACGGCACCCCCAGAAACGCCUCCAGAGGCUCUGAGAACCCCAGUUAUGGAGCUCCCAGCCCCAACACGCCAGAAGGAAGAGAGGCCCGGACGGUCAGUGCUGAAGUUCUCAAAGGAACAGGGUCUGGCGUGGAGCAACGUCCGUCCUCCAGGCAAAAAACCCCCAGGAGAGGCUGACCCGGGUUUGCCAUCUGAUCCGUUGGGCCCUUGGAUUGGAUUGAACGGGGAUUCCUUGGGACUCACCCUCCUAAGGGGAACCUCCCCCUGAAUUGGAUGGUCAUUCCCAGUGGGCCAAGGAAGAGCCAGGACAGCCCCUGGUGGAAUGUGGCUGUCCAUUGGAGUGGACUGCCCUGAGACGGUCUGGGGAAGGGUCACGUUGGUGGGGUGGGGGCCUGUGGGGCUUUUCUGGGAGGACUCGCUGCCUGUCCUUCGCUUGGGCUUCCUCCCGUAAUCGUCUGAAUCUUAGUCAAAUAAACCAUUUUUCAAAGCAGCAGCUAAGUGGUGGUGAUGGGACUCUUUUUUUGGCCGAGAGUGCUUCCUGAGGGGCUUGCCCUGAGCUCCGGCUGGCCCCCAACACACACCAUCUCCCUUCCCAUCUCUCCAUCUUGCGUCAACCCAAUGGCAUCCACGUGCAACAGACCAAGUCUGAGGCCAGGACACGGGGGCUCGCUGAGCAGCAGGAAGAAAAUGGCGGGCAUCUCCUUGGAACAUGAGCCACGUGCUCAGGAGAAUGACUGACCGCAGGCAGCUGCCAUCUCCCAGAUAGCAUCAGGCCAGUUGACCACAGUGGACCAAUGACCCAGAAGGCCACCACAGCAAGCCCAAGUUAGUGUUGGCCACCAGCCAGGACAACGUGUAGGCCCAGCCCCAUUAUGGUUGUGGAAACGGUCCCCCCUCGGAACGAGAGAGCAGCCACUGUGCUGUGACCCAACGGCCAAGUCCUGUGGUUGACUGGCUUCUGCUUGUGUAAGGACAGAGCAGAUGUGGAAGGCGACGGGCCCAGCCUGCUGCACUGGCAAAACUCUGCAGAACAGUGGAAAAUGGACGAAGGUGUCCCAGACCUGGAGGUUUCCUAGACUGUCUCGUUAGACACGUUUUUGAGCAUUUGGACAAAUCUCAAGGCUGGACUGGCCAAAGAGGGCCCUGUUGGCCCCGUGAUGGACGUGUGCAGGCUUCUACAUUCAAUCUAGUCUCUCCUAGUUAUGUCAUGGGUAGAGCCAGGAAAAAAGCUACCAGAUUCUCACAGGAUUUCAUGAAUCCACAACUGAGUCGGUGACCAGGCCCAAAGGGCAGCAGAGUGUUACCAGACUGUGCCCUGCCCGUGAUCUUUUUGGCCGCCUGCCAGACAACAGGGCCCCCUUUCCACUCUUGGAGACGACUGAAGAUGCCGAAGAGCUUUGGUUUAGGUGGGUUAUAGCUAUUGAUGUUUGCCACGCUAGAAAUGAAGAGAUCAAAUUGGAAAAUGCUCAUUCAUGUAAAAACGAUGAACUCAUGAUUGUAGGGAAAACUGGCCCCCCCAAAAGUGUCAGGAGGAGACCUUGUUUCCCACAUUCGCGAAUCCAAGAUAGUGAUUCUUAUGUCUGACUUCUGCAUUCAAUCUGCCUCCGUCAUUUGAAAACUGGGUUCGCCGUGUUGGGUAGGUCUUCCACAUGCUGACACACUGAGACGUGUCACGUAAUGGCGAAGAGAAAGAGAUUUGUACAGAUCCCCGCAGGAUCCAGAUCUUUAGUGUUUGACUGGGGACACGUCAAGUCCACAGGGCAGGGACCCGUGGUCCAAAGCUCCAAUUCUCAUUUUGGAAGAUCUGGCAAUAAAUAGCAGCAGAUGUUUUAUCGGCAGGAACAGCCCACAUGGCUCAUUUGUAAGAAGUCUACCAGUCACCCAAUCCUGAAGAGCCAUAGUUUGAUUGGUACUCUUUCAAGGAGAAAUGGCCCUGGAUGUUCCAUGAAAAAAGUGACCAGGCCAGCUCCCCACCAAGAGUCUCUCCUUCUCUAGGCAGCAGAAGGGCCUUACACUUCCCUGUCUGUCCCACAAACAGUGACAAGAUGGACGUGCACUCGAGGGUCGAGGCUUGGGAGAACUCUUCACUUUGCCCAAUCAAGGACAUUCUGAAGGGAAAUGGAUUUUUGUCUUUCUGUGAGCGUGUUUGGUGCCCCUGCCUUGAUUUGUGGGAAGGCGACCCCAGCGGUUCUAGUCACCAUCAGGCUAAAUGUCAGCUCAGUGGUUUCAAGAUGACCCAUGAGAUUCGAGCAAGUUGUUCAAUAGUUUGAAUAUUUCAACCCA